AAAUGUUGAGAAAAUUCUCAAAAAGGUAUGUAAAGCUUCACAAGUGCAGGCUUAGAGAAGAUGAUCCAUCUUUGAUACCGGAAAACAAGCACAGACAAAAUUCAGGAGAACUCGCCGUUACCUCCAAAACCAAGCAACACUAUGAAAAUGAUUUUAGAAAUGUUUGUGAAGGAUCAGAAGUAGUAAAAGAAGAAAGAGAAGAAGAAGAAUAUAGAAUAAUGCAAUCAAACAAUCUUAUAGAAACUAUAGAGAAAGUGCUUGUAGCUAGGCAACUCCAGCAAUCAAAUUCAAAACGAUUGGCUUUAGGUAGUUGUACUAUUACUAAUCAUGUUCUACCAAAAAAAUAAUGACAUUAUCUAUCCUAUAAUAAUAUAUUUGCAACAAUUAUACUAUACUAAGUGAUAUUUUGUUGUUCAUAUUGUAAUAAUGUUUGUAUGUCUAUACUUUCAUCAAUGAUAAAUAUUGUUGCUUCUUUUUCUCAACUUUGUUUUUUGUGAAUUACAUUCACAUCAAGCAAUUUGUGCUGAUAACUAAUUUCAAUCAAACAAAAUGAAAUCAUUUUUCUUAUUGGCAUGUAUAUACUCUAAGAAACUGUCGUUUCAUUCACAAACGACAUCAUCUAUGUGAAUCUCGACCUUGUGAGCGAGCCAAAAACGUGCAACGGUACCGGGAGUAGUUGAUGCGCUUCGAAUCCGAAGACUUCGUAACGCGUUGAGGAUUGAAAAAAAACAACCUUGAACAAGUUGGCAAUGGAGAAAUCUUCCUCGCAAAUGAUCUUUGAAAUUUGAUUCAGUAAUAGCAUUGCAUUACAGGAAGCUUCCGCGUUAACUGUGAGUAAAGGUUUCAUUUUGGAAAGAGUAAGAGGGAAAACCCUUGUCGUUCUUGCUGUUUUACUCGCAUCUUUUUUCUGUUUCGUAUAGAUUACUUCACUAAAACCACGAUCGGAUCAUGAGGGUUGGUUCCCGUUUACUGUGACAAUAAACAAACUGCCUAGAAUUUAGUUUGAGUAAUCUUUUUUGCUUGACCUCUGUUGUGUUAGAUAUCAGGAAUCCCUUGUGGAAAAUCCACCAAACCAAGUAAUUUUAGUAACCCUUUUGAUUUGGUGAUUUAUUGCUCUUGAUUUUUGUCACAAGUUGUAGUUUUGGGAAGGGAUCAAGAUGGGUUUAGGUAUCUCCUGCUUGAUAGGUUUGAAGGCUGCUGUUCUGUUCUCAUCUUUUGUGUACCUUAGGAACUUUGGUUUCAAACUGUUAUCAAUACCAUUUCUGUAUGCCUCGUUGGUAUCUGUUUUAAUCUCCAUUGCAUCUCUACCGGCUGUGAAUCUUCCCAUACUUUUAGCAAAGAGCACAGAUGGGAGCUUCCCCUUGUGGGCGAUGGUUAUCUUCAGCCCAUAUUUGUAUUUUGUUCGGGGUUUCUCGGCACUGCGGAGAUUGUUCAGUGGGGAAGCUCCUUAUUCUGAAAUUUAUGAUGGUUUGUAUGUUGGUGGAUGGCCUUCUUCACCAGACAAAUUGCCACCUGGUAACCCUGCCAUUAUUGACUGCACUUGUGAACUUCCGAGAAUGUCAGAAUUCUCUGGGCAUACUUACUUGUGUGUCCCAACGUGGGAUACACGAUCCCCUCAGCCAGCUGACAUUGAAACUGCUGUGAAAUGGGCUUGUCGAAAGAGAGAACUGAAAAGGCCAGUGUUCGUUCACUGUGCAUAUGGACAUGGAAGAAGUGUUGCUGUUAUGUGUGCCUUAUUGGUGGCCCUUGGUGUGGCUGAAGAUUGGAAAAGUGCUGAAAAAUUAAUCAAAGAAAAACGUCCUUAUAUUCGCAUGAAUGCUCUCCACCGUAAGUCUCUUGAAGAAUGGUCAAAAGAUCGGUUGUCUUCUCUUCCUAGGAGGUCUGGAUAGAAAAAUGCAACUUAUGUACUUACUGAAAAAUUAAGCUGGAUGACAUUUUCAUGGGGACUAUAGUUAAAGAAGUGGCUUUCUUUGUCCACUUAUUCACAUUAUAUACUUUUGUUGCAUUUUGCACCUAAUGAUGUACCAUUGUAUACUUGGAACACUUGGAAUUGGAUAGUUGGAGUCUGUUAUCCAAAUCCAUUUACAUUUUGCUUCUGAUUUUGGAUAGUUUUUCUUUUCACUUUAGUUUAUUAUUAUUGAUUGUU